ACGCACACUCCAGAAGUCGGGCCAACGCUACCAUCAUCGUCGUCCUCGCCAGUCCAGCUCAGGUCAAGCUCAAGAUGUGUUGGUAGAGACCGAAAGUCACACACACACACAGGUAACAUCAAGUGGGAAGGUACACUCAGGUGUUGUGGAGCUUGUCAUCCCGGUACAAGACAUGAACUCUCUUGCUAUAUUUUUUGCAUUGGCUUUGGUGGGCGGGACAUGGGCGUGGAGCAGUAGCGAGGUGUCGUGUACCUCGUGCGGUUCUGAGUGUCAGUCGGCAUGUGGCACCAGGAACUUCCGUGCCUGCUGCUUCAACUUCCAGAGGCGCCGCCGAGCUGACCCUCGCUCUCACAGCAGUGCAGGCGUCAAUGAGGCUGACUCCAUGGCACUUGAGGGCCUGCUGAAGCCCGACGUGAGUGGUACCAAGGACUCUCAUCUCUCACAGAUUCUACACUUACUCUCCCGCGCCCUUGCCGAAUCCAAGACCGACCCUGCCUUCUACAAGGACCCGCCUUCGCUAUCCUCUGUCCUCUCCCCGCUAGUGCAGGAGUCUACUGAGGAGGAGACAGACGACACUUCCGACCUCCUGCCCAGCAGCGGGGGAGACAGUGAUGAUCCUCCCCUCGACAAUGUGAUCUAUCUGGCCUUCAAACGUCCUUCUCCAUCCCUCAAUCAACUCCAGCACCAAAACCUCCACCAGCGCUACACUCCUUCUCCAACAAGCAUUAAAAUAUAAGGAGCCUCUUUGUCUCUCCCUCACCGCCACACCUGUUCACCUGACUCUACUUGACUUCGCCCAUAUUUAGGUCAAAACAAUAUUAUUGUCACCAGGUUAUGAGUUCAAGGCUCACAGAGACAAAUGUCUGCAUUAUCCACAUAACCAACUUAAAAAGAGUUUUGGAAGGCGCUCAUACUUCAUGACCAUGAUGUAUCAAAUAAAUGCUUCAUUCUGA